UUUCCCACUCUACAGAGGAUGGGGUCGGCUGAUGAAUAGGUCGGGAGCAAGUCACAUCUUCCUUCAAAGCCUGGUAAUAUUUAUGUAGGCAAAAGAGAGAGAGAGAGAUCGAAAAGAGAGGGAGAGAGAGAGGGAGAGAGAGAGAGGGAGAGGGGGAGAGAGAGAAAGAGAGAGAGAAGAAACGGGAGGAGGGGAUAAGGAAAUUAAACCUUUAAGUCAAUGCAUAUUGUGGUGACACUGGCACAGGAGCCCUCACGGUGGAGUCGGCCAGGGCUGUGCGUUCCCAAAAUAUGACCAGGGGUGCUUGGAUGUGUCGGCAGUAUGACGACGGCUUAAAAAUCUGGUUGGCAGCACCCCGGGAGAACGAGAAACCGUUCAUCGAUUCAGAGAGGGCUCAGAAAUGGCGACUGUCUCUGGCAUCUCUCUUGUUUUUCACAGUCCUGCUCUCUGAUCACUUGUGGUUCUGCGCCGAGGCCAAACUGACCCGCACCCGGGACAAGGAGCAGCAGCGGCAGCAGCAGCAGCAGCAGCAGCGACAGCGGCAGCAGCAUCAGCAGCAGCAGCGGCAGCGGCAGCAGGAGCCCUCCUGGCCCGCGCUCCUGGCGAGCAUGGGGGAGUCCUCGCCCGCCGCCCAGGCACACAGACUCCUCUCCGCCUCCUCGUCCCCCACCCUGCCCCCCUCCCCGGCAGACGGCGGCGGCGGCGGCGGCGGCAAGGGCAACCGAGGCAAAAACAACCGGAGCAAGGCUCUUUUUCUAGGAAACUCUGCCAAACCUGUGUGGCGCCUGGAGACUUGUUACCCCCAGGGCGCCUCCUCGGGCCAGUGCUUCACCGUGGAGAAUGCGGACGCCGUGUGCGCCAGGAACUGGAGUCGGGGGGUGGCCGCCGGGGGGGAGGAGCAGGAGGUGAGGAGCAAGCACCCCACUCCGCUCUGGAACUUGUCGGAUUUUUACCUUUCGUUUUGUAAUUCCUACACACUUUGGGAGUUGUUCUCGGGGUUGUCCAGUCCCAACACUUUGAACUGUAGUUUGGAUGUGGUGCUCAAGGAAGGCGGUGAGAUGACCACUUGCAGGCAGUGCGUCGAGGCUUACCAAGACUAUGACCACCAUGCUCAGGAGAAAUACGAAGAGUUUGAAAGUGUGCUCCAUAAAUAUUUACAAUCGGAGGAGUACUCGGUGAAAUCCUGUCCUGAAGACUGUAAGAUUGUCUACAAAGCCUGGCUCUGUUCCCAGUAUUUUGAAGUCACACAAUUUAACUGCAGAAAGACAAUUCCAUGCAAGCAAUACUGUUUGGAGGUUCAGACGAGGUGUCCGUUUAUAUUGCCCGACAACGAUGAAGUCAUCUACGGAGGCCUCUCCAGCUUCAUCUGCACAGGGCUCUAUGAAACCUUUCUAACCAAUGAUGAACCAGAAUGCUGUGACGUCAGGAGAGAGGAGCGAUCAAGGAGCCCAUCCAGAGGGACGGUAGAGAAAAGUGACUCCUGUCACAGGACAUCGCUCACAGUGUCAUCAGCAACAAGACUGUGCAACAGCAGACUCAAACUGUGUGUUCUCGUACUCAUUCUCUUACACACAGUGCUCACAGCCUCAGCAGCACAGAACACAACGGGACUGGGCUUGGGAGGCAUCAACACGCUGGAAGAAAACUCAACCAAUGAGGAAUAACGAAAGGCUCCAGCGUCCCGGAGCAGCGGCUGGCCCACCGUGAAAAACGCAACUGCUGUCCAACGUCACAGAAACUGGGUGCUUUUACCCUCUAAUUACUUCUUGCAAGGCCUUUAGGGUAAAAUUAAAAAAAAAAAAUAAAAGAUGGGCCUGAAUCCAAACGAGGACACCACCACAGCUUUUUAUUGACUAAAAGGCUGUCAAGUGACUUUAAAUUUCUCACACCAUUUUAUACACUGUGUUUUAAUGUUUGGAGGUUUUAUUUGCUUUCGUUUUGGUUUGGGUUUAUUUGUCCGUUUAUUUUUUGCACUUGUUAAUACAGGAUUUAUUUUUCGGGAUGGUUUCUCAGAGGUAAACUAAGUCUUUUCACUGUCUCUCUCUAUAUAUAUAUUUCUAGUCAUUGUGUGUGUUCAUCAGAUAGUUCUGUCUUUACGUCCUGUCAGUUUCUAUUAGAGGAAUGAUUGCUAUGACCUCAUGGUAUAGCAAAAAACAACAACAAAAAAAUAAAUAAAAACUAAAAAAAGACAAAAAAAAGAAAACAACAAAAAAUAAAAAUAAAAAAAAUUCCCUAAGCCUCCCUUCUACCCAUGGAACCCACGCCCUUCCCGGCCCUUCCUCCCCGGCCCUCUUCUCGUCCCCUAAGCAGACAACAUCCGCUUGCUUCUGUCUGUGUAGCCACAGUGAACGGGUGUGCACGCUCGUGGGCCUCCGAGCCACUGUCGCACAAACCCAAAACAGAGCGGAGCCAAGGGGGCCUGGCGGGGGUUCCUUUUUCGCUGAACAAACAAGUGCUCUCCAUAAUAGGUGGAAUCAGACAGUUAACACAUUUUUAUGUUGAAAACAAAAUAAAAGGCAAAAAAAAAAAAAAAAGCUAUCAUGAACUGUGUUGCUCCAGUUCCCAUUCCCAAGCGGUGCAGUCCUUUCUUGCUGGUCGGUCGGACAGGAGUAGCCAUCUAGAGUCAGGCCGUGGGGAGCGAGGGAGUCUUUCCUUGAAGGUGGAGGUGGGCUUUCAUCGUGAUUUAAGUUCUGUCGCAGUAAUAUACAAGCACAUUUUGGCCAUCGUAACGGGAACAAAGAGAUUGCAGACACAAAUCUGAACUUCUUUUCCUCCUUUAUUGUUGUGGAAGAGAUUCUAGAAAUGCUCAAACACCUGCAGUAUACAGAAUAUAUACAAUUCUAUUCCAGUUAUUUCCCUAACAUACGGUUUAAAAUUAUUCCAGGUAUAAAGCGUAUGCGAUUGUGCAUUAUCACAGAGGAACAACUUCUUUUUUAAAAAAUAAAUAGGUCAGCCAUUUUUAUUAAAGUGCAAAAACGUUAUCCCUCUAACAUGCUCUAGGUAGUUGAAGAAAAGAGAAGUCUGAUCACUCUGUUUGUAUUUUUUUUUCUUCGUGGGAACAUUUCAUCUGCUGAGUGUUUAUGAAUUUGCUUUCUAAAAAAGGCUUUUAUGAGUUUACAGUAGUAUCAGUGGAAGGAAGAGUUAAUAAGGGCUGUUUUUAAAAAAACAAACAAAACAAAUAAUUAAAAAAACAUUUUACAUUCCUUCCUGUUCUCUAACUACACUUGGGAAGUGCACUUCAGAUAAGUUUGUGGUGUGACUGAGAGAUGAAGGAAAUCCAUAGAAAAGGUCCUCUUAGCGAACAAAAUUUAGUUAUUAACUUUAUAGCUAUGAAAUUGCCCCAGGCAUUUGUUUUUGUUCCAACAGAUUUUAACCUCUGCAUCAUACUUAACCCUGCGACAUGCGUACAGUAUGCAUAUUUUGUUUUGAAUAAAAAAAUGUUUUGUUCCAGUCUGUUAAGAAUAUUCAAAAAAUAAUAAAGGUAUUGCUUAAUAAAAUUGCUAGAAUUGUUUAGCAGUA